CCUUCUUCCUCUGCUCCAAAAAUUACACAAAACAAAAAACAAAGCAUUUCAUUACUCUCAAAUUCUAGUUCCCGUUAAAACCUUCUUCAAUUUUGGUUCAAUUACCAAUCACACAAAUAAUGGCUUCCAUUAGGGGUGUUGCCGUUGUCACUUUCCUACUUGGCGUGUCCGUUAUUGUAUCAGAAAGCCGUGUGGCUAGAAAAGACUUGGGCCUCGACCUUGGCGGAAUGGGCCUUGGUGUUGGAACAGGAGUGGGCUUGGGCUUAGAUGGAAGUGGGUCGGGCUUUGGGUCUGGGCCUGGGUCCAGUUCUGCUUCCUCAUCACACUCCUCAAGCUCCAGCUCUGGCUCCGACGCUGGGUCUGAAGCCGGCUCAUACGCUGGCUCUUAUGCCGGGUCUCGGGCCGGAUCUGGUUCGGGCAGAAACAGAAACGGGGGAUCCGGUUCCGGUUCAGGGACGGGAAACGGUGGAGAAGGAUACGGAGAGGGGCAUGGAUACGGCGAGGGGCAUGGUUAUGGCAACGGUGGCGAAAACUGAGAUCGAACUUGUAUAUGAAAUUAAUUAAGGAUUAUCGUCAUCUUUUCCUUUUGCAAAUAGAUGAAUAAGCUAUAGAUGAUGAAUCCUUAAUUGUACUCCUGUUUUGUUCUUUUAGUCUAGUUUAUAUAUAUAUAUACACACAGAUAUGAAGUUCGAAUAAAAAUGUUCUUCGUAUUGAGUGUUAA